AUGUUGAUUGGACAAGAUCGCUCCGGAAAAACCAGUUUGAAGAAUUCUCUGAUGGGAAAACCCUUCAACCCAGACGAAGACAGCACAGUGGGGAUAGAUGUUGGACCCUCACAUUUCAAAGUCUCAACUGAAAUGUGUAUUCCGGGAAAGAAUACAGUGAACAAUCAAACAGCGAAUGAUCUAGAAGUCCUCUCUUUUGAGGACCACAUGGCUCGUUUAUUCGUUAAAAAUUUAAAAGAAAAAGAGGAAGGUACAAAGGCUACGCUAUAUGGAAAGAGUGAGUCAAAGAUGGAAAAGCCAUUGAAUGAGGCCCAAAUUGCAUCAAGUGUGGCAUCACAAAGUGAACGAGUAUCUGUUCAACAGUCUGGUGCACAUACUCCAGCUCGCAAAGAAGAAAAACACUCUUUGAAAGCCUCAGUCAAGAUUCCACAUGAGGUAGCAGAGAGGAUAAAACACUUACUACGGGAAGGUGAGAAUGAGACAGUUGGAGAUGAUGUCGAAACGUAUUCGGUUGUUUGGGAUUUUGCUGGACAACCUGUCUACUAUGCGACGCAUCCACUUUUCCUCACACAGAAAGCAAUUUACCUGUUAGUUUUUGACCUCAGCCGAGACCUUCAUGAAAGAGCUAAACCCAUCAUAAAGCAAGGAAUGCACAGCAAGAUUUUAGACAACCACGACGGUAAAACUAACUUGGACUAUCUUGACUUCUGGAUGACAUGGGUUGCGUCCGUAGCCAAUCAAGAUGAAAAACAACGCGUACGUUUUGGUCAGUCACCGGUGAAUAUUCCCCCUGUGUUUCUUAUUUGCACUCAUGCUGAUGAUCCUUGUGGUGAGGCCGAUCCAUUUGUGCUAGCGCGUGAGGUAUUUGGUUCUUUACAGACCAAACCAUACAAAGACCACUUGUAUAAAGACGUGUUUGUCGUGGAUAACACAAAGUCAGGAAGUAAAUUAGAAUGUUUAGAAAUUAAGCGCGUGUGGGAAAACGUCCUUGCUGUUGCUAAGGAGUUACCACAGAUGAACAAAGACUACCCGAUAAAGUGGCUAAGAUUUGAAAAGGUUCUUCAAAUCAUGGUGAAAGAUGGGAAAAAGUGGAUUUCUCUGGAAGAUACAAAAACGAUUGCGUCCAAACUAUGCAACAUUGAUAAUGAUUGGGAAUUUACAACAAUGAUGAACUUUCUGCAUGACCAGAGAAUCCUGAUUCAUUUUGACAAUUCUCCCCUUUUGAAUAAUAUGGUGAUAUUGGACCCUCAAUGGUUAGUCCAAUUGUUUACGUCGGUGAUAUCAGUUAAACCCGGGCCCUAUGACGGAGAAGAAGAAAGAGAAUUGUGGAGUAAGCUUCAGACAGAAGGCAUCCUAGAGUAUAAACUUUUAGAACAGGUGUGGGUUCCUUUAUUAAUUCAAAAAGAAAUCUUUCAGAGCCUUCUUGAAAUCAUGGAGAAAUUCAGCUUGCUCUGCCCUUGGCCUUCAUCAGAUGCUUCAUGUGGCAAGCAGUAUCUCGUGCCCUCCAUGCUCAUGUGGCAUCCACUAAAGAAUAUUCAUAAGUUGGUCGCCUCUGCGCGAAUUCCUUCCUUGUUUAUCAAGUUCGAAUCCGGGCAAGUUCCCCCAGGCUUUUUUCCCCGACUCGUGUUGCAGUUCUUUCAGUGGGGCCAAGACGAAUUUUGGAGUACAGACAAUCCUCUGUUACACGCCAAUUUUGCGAGGUUUUAUACCUCUGCAGAUGACGACUGCUCUGUAAUUCUUGUGUGCUAUUUAUCUUGUAUUGAAGUUGCAGUUCACAGAGGAAAUCUCAGAGCAAACCCAACCGAGUGUUUACAAUCCGAGAUGAACCUUUCUGCAGCUCCCAACUAUGAUGGAUUUGAAGUGGCUUGUGCUCGUGCCGUGCGCAGACAACUGGGGCUGAUGCUUGAAUGCAUGCGAAAAGAAUUCUUCUGGUUUAAGAACAUGAAGUAUAAAUUAGGUGUGAUUUGCUCCGUCUGCUGUCAAGAACGUAAAGCGAGUUACUACUGCAAACAUCACAAGCAGUGGUCGUGUGAGAAAGAGGAAUGUCUGCACUUUCUGUUUGAGUCGGAUUUGUGUGGCGCUAAAGAGUUCAUCAGGUGUCGCAGGUGUUGUACUGCAGAAAACGACAAAGUCCACGUCAAACGGUUUGCACCUUGGUUUAAGAUUUCAAAUGAACAGGUGAAUACACUAACAUGCGGUAAAUUACCAUAACACAUGUACAACCAAUCCAGGCGAUCCCACACAGUCAGUCGUUGGAUUCCCAUACUCCCUCGCUUUGUAAUUUAUAGUCUCAGUGUUUUCUCACCAAAGUGGUGGCAGCAAACCUAUUACACCAUUCCGGAUAACUUUUGCGCCAACACGAAAAACAUACCAGAUAAGGCUUCUACUGUCACACAAGAACGCUGAACUAGUAAGGCUAUGUUGACACUGUCGCAGAUAGCUUUUGCGCCGGCACGACAACCAUACCGGACAGGGCUUCUGUUCACACAUUAGAACAGUGAUUUAAGUGCGAUUUCUGAAACGGAACGAAUCUUGAACUCGGAUCGUCACAUAUCGGAUGUGUCCCCCACUCAUCGUCGCAGUGUUAACAGGUAUUUGGACCGUAGCGAUAGUAAAUGAGCAAGACCGAGGACUGGAACCCAUUGAGACGGAAGUAAUUAUUCAGAAGAGAGGAUUGGGAUUUAGUGCACCAAUCUCUCUCUGUGAACCGCUCCAUUGGUAUGUUCGAUGUGUGUGAACGACUUGUUCCAGUUCUGUGCCGUUCCCGUUCGUACUGUAACGGAUAGCUUCAAUCUUAUGCCCGGCGUAGUCAAUCGAACGUUCGGUAAUCGAACCCAAUCGAACUCCAGUCGUUCGAUUGACUUCGAUUGGGUUCGGCAAUCGAACGCAAUCAAACUCACCCAAAAAUUUGGCCAAUCGAAGAUAAUCGAACACUGCAUUCAAAAAUCGAACAUAAAAGCAGUUUCAUUUGCUUUCAAACAAGGUGUUGCGUUGAAAUAAUUUAUGUAUUGGCUUCAAUUUCAAACACCAGUACGCAAAGAUGUCAUAGAGGGAAAACGCGAAACAAACAAUUUUCGAAGCGAUGGUUAAAGGCUAUGAUUAGUGCUGUUUCGCCGUCGGUGUCGGUGAAAAGUUUCUUAUUAAAAAGAAAAAGGGAGAUCCAGUUCUGAAGGUAACUGAGGAUUGACGCGGCCAACUUGAACAUUUUCAACGUGAACUGAUGCCUGUGCUUGCAUGUUUCCCAGUAUUAAUUGAAUUUAUCGAUUUUGAAUCACUUAAACAAUACAGAUUUUAGUUAAUUCCGGGUUAAUUGAAAUAUUUUUGUUUUCAAACUGCUCCAAAUACACACUAGAGGGAGCUCUUCCGAUUCAAUUGACUGGAUGCGUUUAGUCUUUCUGCCAAACAAAAUCGAAUUAAUCGCGUCGAUUGAGUUCGAUUGGUUCGAUUGAGUUCGGUAAUCGAACUCACCAAAAAGUUCCAGUUAGAUUGCCGAACCAAUCGAACAGCAGUCCGACCGAUUGGGUUCCAUUUCGUUCGAUUGACUACGCCGGGCUUAUGUCGCCACGAAAAGCUCGAGUAGAGUAGAAAUAGCCUCGCAUACACAAGCUAAGCGAGAAUCCCGUGGGUGUCCACUAAAUGUAGUUUCAACGUAGUCUAAAUACCCUGUUUUUGAAGACCCGAGGAAUUCACUGUACUCAUAUUUGCUGGUAUCAACUAGAUGAUGACCAUUUGUUGAUCACCUUUUCUAAACAUCACAUGUAAAGAAAAAAAUUUUGCUUCAAAAGUAGUUCAGUUAUAUGAUUGAACAUUUCACUUUACCAAAACGACAUGUGAGGUCUCCACUCAGCCAUGACUCAGCUUCCAGUAAUUAACCUAGUUAUUAAAUUUUCUUUUAAUACAUGCCCCCUUCCCCUUAACGAGUCCAUAAAGUAACUUUGGUCCAUGAGAUAGUUUCCCCUGGGCAUUUUCAAUCAACCCUCUUUCAUUCUCUCUUCGAAUUCGUUGUAUAUUACAGCCUGUUACUGAUGAAAGUGAGCAAAGACUUCUAGCUUCUGGGGGAGGUAAGACUGUCACAGUAAGGUAGGUGAAUAAGGUAACUGAGUGAACUAGGUUAAUGCGGGUAAGUGAAAGUGUUGCGACAAAAAUGGUCGUCUUUUGGAAAUCUCUAACUCACUGUUUUCUUUAGCCACUUCUAGCCUUCCCUAAAAGUAGUGUGUACCCGAAACAUAUGGUAGCCUUCGAAAUGACUAUAAUCUCCUGGACAAACUACUUGAUAAGCACUACAACAAGCCAAACAUGAAUUUGUAAAAGAAACCUGAAUUUCCUUUACAGGAAUUGAUGAAAAAGUGCUUGCACUAUCAAGCCAGGCCAUACAAACACUUAUGUCACAAACGUGUGACUCCAGGAAAGUUGUACUUCAACUGGCCAACUGCUUGCAACUGGAUGAAGUUUCCUUAGCGCAGCCAAACUCUGAGACCAAGCGAUUGAUCCGUUGGGUUGCAAAUAAAGCAAAACAGUCCAACAGGCUCGACGUGGUCAGGGAACUGAGAGAUGUUACACCAGCUGGAACUACAGGUGAGUUUAAUGCGGUUGCUUUUGUACGUAUUAACGUUUAUUUAAGUACAAAAAUGGCAAAAAUGUACUCGCUUAAUGAAAUAUGGUUCAUGAGCAACAGACUGCUCAGGGUGGAAGAAAAGAUGGUAGAGCAUGCGGGAUAAAGAAGAACAGAUCCUGCACACCUCGAGAUACGGCGAUAAUUUUAUUGUGGAUGGAAGUUUGAUCAGUGUUACUGAGCUUUUUUAGCUACAUAUAACAUAGUCCGAACAUUUUUACCGUCCGUGGAUGUUUGACUCACUCGUAUGUAACAUUGGCGGUAGACCGCACUACGUUCAGAGCAACUUCACUUUUUUUAUAGCGUCACUUUUCUUCUUCUUCUUCUUCUUCUUCUUCUUCUUCUUCUUCUUCUUCUUCUUCUUCUUCUUAUUCUGAUGAUGAUGAUUAAUCAGCAAAACUGAGUGUAAUUGUACAAAAUAAUAAUGAUAAUGAUAAUGUCCUUUGUUUACCCUCGGCAGUAUUUAAUAUAGAACUAGUGCUUUUUGGGGCCGAACAAAUACCUGAAAGAAAUGAUUUAAAUUAAAUAUAACAGGAUUAAGAAUCCCAACUGGUAGAAGUCAAACUAGCUGGCUAUUUACAAGCGUGGUCGAUGAGUUGAACGCGGGAAUACUCUAAAAUGAAUUUUCUAUAUCAAGCCCCCUCCGUCUUUUAAGAUCCAUUUUACUAAUUUAUAUAAACCUUGCACUUAUUUGUUGCCCUUCCGACUUCGCCUUCUUUCUUUAGGUCCUCUGUUGCCCGAGUGCCUUGAUAUUCGAAGUAUACCUCCUUCUCGCUUACAGAAUCUUACCGUUGAAUUAAGCGGUGAGUGACAUUUAUAUUGUGGCAGGUUCUUUUAGUUAUUCAUGAUUUUGAAAUUAUGACAAAAGCACUUUGGCAGUUUCUCACCGACUUCUUUGAAUGAAUGCACUAUUGUACGCGAUCUCUCAAAUCCUUCGAUUGCAUGUUAGACGUUUUUCGGAUUAUUAGCAGUAUGCUAGUGGCCUAGCUAGCCUCGUGUAAAACUAAGUGUAAAUAGGGUUUAGUUUGCUACCUUUCUGAGACAUUACAUGUAUAUCACAACUGCCUUUUUUAGUCCGAUACAUACGUCAUUGUGUCAUAGAGGUGAGCUAUGCAAAGCCUAAUUAGCUUCCGUGGGAAAGUAAUCCAAAUUAACGCAAGUAAUUAAGGUUGUGACCUUUAAUAUCGUAUUCCUUGAAAAAAACACACAAAAAAGCAUGUUCUUCCUUUUUGUAGGAGGGCAGGAGUGGAAGCAGCUUGCUGAGAAAUUGGGCUUGGCUCCAGGAGAGAUCCGUUUCCUCGAUAGCCGAGUACUGAACCCGUGCGAAGCCGCUAUUGCGUUUAUUGCUAAACAGCAUUAUAUCACUAUGGGAGAGCUGUACGACAUGAUAAGCGAGUGUGGGUUUCCUGUAACAGCUGAUAUUCUGUAAUCCGGCGAAGUAGGAAGACGCGUUUUAUAGACUGAAAACAGCUGACGGCGGACUAAAAUCUUCGCUGGAUAAAUAAAUGAUAAUAGCCUUACACUUUCUGCCCUUUUGUCCUUAAUUCUUGAAUUCCACAAGCUUGUGGUCUAUAUCUAGCCACUCUGAAAACCCUCGCUCGAGAAACUGAAACACGUCACCUGAUGGGACGAAACAAAGCGUUGCCAGCUCCUUGUUCCGCUAGGCGCUACAGUAGAGCUCAGCUGUAUCCCAGCUGAUAACAACAAUCAUGGUAUUUUCUUCGAUGAUUUAACCCUGUCACUUCAGUUUUUGUUUAUUUCACCACAAAAAAAGGGACAAGAAUAACGGGAAUACACAGAAGCACGGUGGUGAGGAAGCCCAAGAAGACACCAUAAAGCUUAGAGAUAUUGGGCUCCCUCAGAGUAUAAUGGUAGUUUUUACAAGUUAAAUGAACACAAGUAUCAAAGACAUGGUUGAUCGUUGGUCAACCGAAUUGUCUGGGCUAACUCCAUGAAAAACUGCAUGGAUUUCUUUUAACAACUUUGCAGUUAAAGUUAAGUUAGAUUUCUGCUGUAUUAUCUUGAGGCACAUUUAAAAUGGAAACAGUUGUAAUAAGAUUUAUGAUAGAUGAUCCGAGCCAUCGGAUCGUGUCUAACACAUACAUUAAUACAGUACAGAAGUAUAAAGGGAAGUUAUUUUUGUGCAUCGGACAACUUAAAUGGCGCGAUCAAAGCUUGAGAGCGACCACCUCGUUAAUUCAUACAUGUUGUCUCGACUAGAAGUGGUCGUUCAGUCAUAGAGUGAGCUCUUCAAACAGGGACCGCGGAGCAAGGUGAAAAGUGGGAGGGCU